AUGGAAAUCGAAGAACUACGCGAGGCCAACAAAACGGAAAGGAAACCCAUAAGGGAGGAGGAACGAUCAAUGAGAUCGACCCACAACAAGGAGGUCGGCAAAACAUUUAAGCUCACUCCGAAAUUUGACAAUUACACCAGAUUCAACACAAGAAGGGAAAAGAUAAUCAAGGAAAUACUCAAUGCCAAGAUUAUAAAACCCCCAGUAAGGGCAGGCAGUUACCAAGACCAGAGGUUCGUAGACAAAACCAAACAUUGCGCUUUCCACCAAAAAUACGGACACACCACCGACGAAUGCAUAAUAGCCAAAGACCUUUUGGAAAGGCUUGCACGGCAAGGCCUAUUAGACAAAUACAUUGAAGGGAGGAAGCAUAAGGAAGACGACCGAGGCAGGGAGGAAAGGCAACCGACCUCAGUAAACAAGGAAAAAUGGCCGAGCAAUAACCUACCCAAGGCAGUCAUAAACUGCAUCUCCGGGGGAUUCGCUGGAGGCGGCGAGACAACAUCGGCCAGGAAACGGAGUUACCGAGCCAUGCUAGCCAUAGAAGGAACCUCGCCUCCAAACAAGAGCGACGCACCAGAUUUAGAGAUCACCUUCAAUAAAGCGGAUAUGUGCUCGGCCGCCCCACACCUGGACGACCCGGUCGUAAUUUCUAUCCAGACAGGCGACCUACUGGUAAGAAAGGUCCUUUUGGACCCAGGUAGCAGCGCAGACGUACUCUUUUAUUCUACAUUUUUAAAGAUGAACUUAUCUGAAAAACUCAUACAACCCUCCUCCGGAGAACUGGUAGGAUUCUCCGGAGAAAGGGUACCAAUAAAAGGUUAUAUAUGGCUUAAAACGACAAUAGGUGAAAACGCAUCAUCCCGAACACUUGAUAUACAAUACCUGAUUGUCGAUUGCAAUAGUCCUUAUAACAUUAUCCUCGGGAGACCCGCUCUGAACAUGUUCAGAGCAGUAAUAUCAACUUUCCACCUAUGUGUUAAGUUUCAGGCACAGGACGGAAGAAUAGCAACGAUCCACUCAGACCGCCAACAAGCUCGGCAGUGUUAUAACUCUUGCUUGAAAAGGUCGGAUAACAGAGAAAGACAACAUGAGAUCAAAGCGGUACAAACCAGAGAGGAAGUCCUUUCCCUAGCCGAACACGACCCCAGGGGAGACACACAAGAGAGACCACAACCAACUGACGAACUCCAGAAAAUUCAACUGACAUCCAAACCAGAGCAAGUAACAUACAUAGGUCAAGCACUACAAGGGCAAGAAAGGUCGGAUCUCGUAAAGCUGCUAAGAGCCAACGCAGACUUAUUCGCCUGGACCCCAGCAGAUAUGCCGGGCAUAAGUCCGGAGAUCAUCUGUCACAAACUCGCCACCAAUCUUUCGAGUCGACCCAUAGCUCAGAAGAAAAGAAACCUAGGAACAGAGAAAUCAAAGGCAGCCCUGGAAGAGACCAGUAAACUCUUACAAGCCGACUUCAUCAGAGAAAUCCGCUUCACCACAUGGCUCUCGAAUGUGGUAAUGCUUGUAGACAACGCUUCAGGUUUCGAAAGCUUAAGCUUCAUGGAUGCAUACUCGGGGUAUAAUCAAAUACUCAUGCAUCCUGAAGAUCAAAGCAAGACAGCAUUCAUAACCGAACAUGGAAACUUUUGUUAUCGUGUAAUGCCAUUUGGCUUAAAGAAUGCAGGUGCGACCUAUCAACGCUUGAUGGACAAGGUCUUCCAUCACCAAAUAGGACGCAACAUGGAGAUAUAUGUGGACGACAUGGUCGCGAAAACCAAGAAAGAAAAAUCGCACUGUGAAGACCUCAAGGAAAUAUUUGGACAACUCCGAAUUUACAAUAUGAGAUUGAACCCUGAGAAGUGUGCCUUCGGAGUAAAGGGAGGAAAGUUUCUCGGAUUCAUGCUCACAUCGCGAGGAAUCGAGGCAAACCCUGAAAAAUGUUCAGCAAUACUCAACAUGGAAAGCCCUAAAACGAUAAAAGAGGUACAACAACUUGCAGGAAGGAUAGCUGCGCUAUCCCGAUUCCUACCCGCUGCAUCAAGCCGAGCAUAUCACCUCUUCCAAACGAUAUCGAAGAACAAAAAAUUUCACUGGACAGAGGAAGGCAAGAAAGCAUUUUCCGAGCUCAAAGCGAUCUUAGCAACACCACCCGUGCUACAAAGACCAGAAAUCGGUAAACCUUUAUAUUUAUACUUAUCUGUUUCAAGUUAUGCUAUAAGCUCGGCCCUUGUUCUCGAAACAGGAAAAACGCAACAGCCAGUAUACUUCGUCAGCAGAGUCAUGCAACCAACCGAGCAACGAUAUCCGAAGAUAGAACAACUCGCCCUUGCACUGAUAACAACAGCAAGGAGACUCAGACACUACUUCCAAAGCCACAUAAUAGUAGUGAGAACGAAUCACCCACUGAGACAAAUAUUAACAAAACCAGAACUGGCAGGACGGUUGACCAAAUGGUCAAUUGAACUCUCAGAGUUCGACAUUCAGUUUCAGACUAGACCGGCCCUCAAGGCACAAGUUCUCACCGACUUCAUCACGGAGAUGACCCCAUACGAUCACAUUGAAACAUGGGAAUUGCACGUGGAUGGGGCGUCAAGUCGAGAAGGGAGCGGGGCUGGCAUAAUAUUAAAGGAGGGAAAUAAGGUGGUAGCCGAGCAAGCCCUCCAAUUUCACUUCUUGGCAAGCAACAAUCAGGCCGAGUAUGAAGCCCUCAUAGCGGGAUUAAAGCUCGCCCUAAGCCACAAAGCGACGAACUUAACGGCACAUUGCGAUUCCCUCCUGGUGGUCCAACAAAUCCGAGGAGAAUUCCAGGUAAAAGAUCCCUUGCUAGAACAAUACUGGCUCAUAGCAAAGGAUCUAAUUUCAAAUUUCAGUUCGUUCACCAUAUUACAUGUGCAUAGAGAGCAAAACGUCAGGGCAGAUAUACUAUCUAAACUCGCCGCCACCAGGGCGGACACACAAACAUCAACAUUAUCGCAGCACACACUCACAAAACCGAGCAUUGAAUUAUUAUGUAUUGAAAACAUUAACCACCUCCACGAUUGGAGGAAACCUUUCCUUGAAUACAUAUGUACAGGUGCAUUACCCAGAGACGAGCUCCAUCCUCAACAGUUCAAACGUAAGGCAAGCUUCUACACGAAAAUAUCAGGAGAGCUAUACAGACGAGGUUUCUCACAACCAUUACUAAGAUGCCUAGACCAAAACCAGGCCAGAGAGGUAAUGAAUGAAGUCCAUAAAGGAGUAUGUGGGAACCACAUAGGAGGACGAGCUCUCGCUGCAAAAAUAAUCCGAACAGGAUAUUAUUGGCCGACCAUGAAGAGAGAUUGCAUAGCAAAAGUCAAAACAUGCGACAAAUGCCAGAAACAUGAGGCGAUCUCAACCAAGCCAGCCGAAGUACUGCACAGCAUGGAGGUAAGCUGGCCUUUCUACAGAUGGGGGCUUGACAUCCUCGGUCCCUUCCCAACAGCACCAGGACAGGUAAAAUUUCUUUUGGUAUCCAUAGACUACUUCUCAAAAUGGAUAGAAGCGCAACCCUUAGCAAAGAUAACAGCUGAAAAGGUACGAUCUUUUAUUUGGAGAAAUAUAAUAUGCCACUUUGGGAUACCAAAAGAAAUAAUAUCAGACAAUGGUAGACAAUUUACAGACAAUAAGCUCGGAUUAUUUCUAAAAAAUUUCAAUAUUCAACAUUGUUUUAGCUCGGUAGAACACCCACAAACUAAUGGGCAAGCCGAAGCUGCUAACCGAGUUGUGUUGCAGGCAGUAAAGAAGAAACUCGACAACGCAAAGGGAGAAUGGGCCGAGCUCAUUCCCGAAGUACUGUGGAGUUACAACACGACAAUACAUAACACUACAGGCGAAACACCCUUCAAGUUGGUCUAUGGCUCGGAAGCCCUGAUCCCCAUUGAGGUCGGAUUACCGACGUUGAGAACCGAGUUGUACGAUGAACAACAAAACCUAAGGGCCAGGAGCGCCGAGCUUGACUUAGCUGAAGAGGACAGGGAAAUCGCCGCUAUCAAACAAAGGGCCCAGAAGAAAAUAAUAGAAAGAAAAUACAACAGGAAGGUGAUUCCGAGAAUAUUCAACAAAGGCGACCUUGUGCUCAGGCGAACAGAGGAAGCCAGAAGACCUCCAGCUCAUGGCAAGCUCGCCGCAAAUUGGGAAGGCCCCUUCCGUGUCACCCAAGUGCUCGGCAAGGGAGCAUAUCAACUCCAAACAUUACAAGGCAAUGCCAUUCCAGGAAACUGGAACAUCUCGUCACUCAAAAUGUAUAUGUCAUAG